AUGGAUACCUGGCUCUCCACCCUGCAGGCGGUCUAUCUUGACGUGCUCCACCCAAAGGCCGAAGGCCUGAGAUUUCCAGAAGACGAGCUGCAAAGCAUCCGUUACCGACUGAUCAAUGGGGGCAUGCGGGCUAUAGCUUUAGAAGUAAGACUUGAAAGUGGCCGUUUGGACGAAGAUGACCUCACUCUCGAUGCCAUCGCGUUUGUCGGAGUAACCAUGCACGAUGCUUGCGAUUACCGCCAUGACAAUCUGGCUAAUGAGUUCUAUAAUACCUUGACAAUACUUUACAUGGCGCGGUACAGAACAACAAUCCUCUUCGAUCAUAUGGUUCCAACAGAGUCGGGGGAUCCGUCAGCGGAGGACCCUUACGGCGACCCCGUUCUGAACCGUAUGAACCCGCUGCCACCAAGUACACACCCAUAUGGCUUUGAUCUUCGCAACCGGUGUUCCAAUAAGGAUCGGUAUGACGAGCUCCUGCGGAAAUGCUUGGCUCACUUCGAAACAUGCUCCGGCUGCUAUCAAUAUGACAAAGUCUCUUGGGAAGCUCGGGUGCCGCUCCUUGGUAAGGCAUACGAAACGAAGUACACCGACUGCAGCUGCCUGGACAUCAUCAGCACGUACAUGGUACUUGCUUGUAUGGAACCAGUUUGGUGGGCUGUGGAUUAUGCUACUGAAUAUACUGGCCCAAUGGAAGAAUGGUCGCCGUUGCUUUGCUGA